CUCUGUGUACGACCGUUCACGACCACCGCAAGAGCUUGCACAACGAUUGACAUUGAGCAGGAAUUCGCAUAACACACAAGUCAUGUCUGCAUUCUUUGGUCUAGGGAAGACGCGUACGUUCAAGCCGCGAAGAGACGUCCCCGAAGGCACGAAGCAGUACCAGCUGCGCAAGUAUGCCGAGGCUACACUCGGUUCGGGUAACUUGAGGAAGGCUGUGCAGCUCCCUGAGGGCGAGGAUCUGAACGAAUGGCUUGCCGUUCAUGUCGUGGACUUCUUCAAUCACUUGAACAUGUUGUACGGAACAAUCACCGAAUUUUGUACUCCUAACGAGUGUCCUAUCAUGUCUGCUGGCCCACGAUACGAAUAUCUUUGGGAGGAUGGCGUCAAGUACAAGAGGCCCACAAAGCUGCCAGCGCCGGAGUACGUCGACGCUUUGAUGAACUGGGCACAAGGGCUUUUAGACAACGAGGAAAUCUUCCCAAAUAAGAUAGGCGUGCCUUUCCCCAGGAACUUCCGAGACACCAUUCGAACGCUUUUCCGGAGACUUUUCCGUGUGUACGCGCACCUUUACAGCAAUCACUUCGACCACAUAUGUGCUCUGGGUAUUGAGGCCCACAUGAACACAAGCUACCGCCACUUCUUCCUCUUCGUCAACGAGUUCGAUCUUGUGGAGAAGAAAGAGCUGGUUCCGUUGGAUGAGUUGAACGUUGCGAUUCUUACGGAAGACAAGCUUCGAUGACCGAUACCACGCCGCGCACAAAGACAUGACGCAUUGUAUAUUCCCACUACAUCCCGUUUUCCGACAUUCUGCUGCUGUACUUGUCAUCGUAAUUUACAUCUCU